GGGAGGACCGCCUAAUAGAGGCGGCUUUUCUUCUGCUGGAGAUGGUCUAUACCAUAAGGGGAGUGUCAUUAAUAGCUAAUCAGAGAGGGUUCAGACCAGCCACACAGCCUUCUGUAUAAAGAGGACCCUCACUGCGAAAGAACGGAACAUCUUCCAACCAGCCGUCUCACGGGAGGGAAUAUCAACUUUACAUUUAGAGGCUUUCAUAUCUGACACGGUUUUCAGUAGUUUGCGAGAUGGGCUCGGUAUUACCCGCAGAAGCUUUAGCCCUGAAGUCUGGAUUUAAAUGUCAGAGUCGGUCCUUGUCUGAUAUCAUCACCUCAGACAUUCUACACAGUUUCCUGUAUGGACGGUGGAGAAAUGUGAUCGGGGAGCAUCUGAUGGAGGACAAGCAGAGUAGCAUCAGUCCCAAGACAGCCUUCACAGCUGAGGUCCUCGCGCAGUCCUUCGUCGGAGAGGUCCAGAAGCUCUCCAGCCUGGUGCUUCCCAGUGAGGUGAUCAUUGCCCAGAGCUCUAUACCUGGCGAGGGCCUGGGAAUUUUCUCCAAGACCUGGAUCAAGGCGGGCACAGAGAUGGGUCCGUUCACUGGCAGGGUCAUCUCCCCUGAGCACGUAGACCUGCUCAAGAACAACAACCUCAUGUGGGAGGUGUUCAACGGAGACGGCACGGUGCGCUACUUCAUCGAUGCCAGCCAGGAGGACCAUCGCAGCUGGAUGACCUAUAUCAAGUGUGCCCGCAACGAACAGGAGCAGAACCUGGAGGUGGUGCAGAUCGGCAGCAGCAUCUUCUACAGAGCUGCAGAGACUAUCCCUCCAGACCAGGAGCUGCUGGUGUGGUAUGGAAACUCCCACAACACCUUCCUUGGUAUUCCCGGCGUUCCCGGUACUGAGGAGCAUCAGAGAAAGAGCCGGAAUGAGGACUCUCACUCUUGUGACGGCUCUUCAUCUUGCUCCCCCUCCUCCUCUUCUUCCUCGUCUGUGACCAGCCGUAUGCGCUGCGUCAUCUGCCACCGGGGCUUCAACUCUCGUAGCAACCUGCGCUCCCACAUGCGCAUCCACACCCUGGACAAGCCGUUCGUCUGCCGCUUCUGCAACCGCCGCUUCAGCCAGUCAUCCACCUUGCGCAACCACGUGCGACUGCACACCGGAGAGCGCCCCUACAAGUGCCACGUGUGCCAGAGCGCCUACUCCCAACUGGCAGGGCUGCGGGCACACCAGAAGAGUGCCAGGCACAGACCAGGGGCGACGGGCGCAGACACUGCCUCUCAAGUCUCACCUCCUCCCCCACCGAUCAACAGCCUGUCCCAACACCAGGUCCCCCUGGUUCACCAUAUCCCCACCAUGGUGCUAUGAUAGCAGAGAGGAGAGAGAGACACUUGCUAAUGCAAACUACACUUUACCCAUGCACACCUGGGUCGCAGGUCUCUCUCUCUCUCUCUCUCUCUCUCUCUCUCUCUCUCUCUCUCUCUCUCUCUCUCUCUCUCUGCCCAUCUCGAGAGAGAGAGAGAGAGAGAGAGAGUCACUGUUUGCUCGUGUGGCAGGCAUUGCAAUAACUUUGUGUUGGGCCAGAGAGUAUGCCUGGUGGGUUGAGCUGAUGGUACAGACAUUCUUAAAUACUUUUUACUGGUUGCCUUAUUUACAAUCUAGUCUCCUUAGAUUUUUCUGGAUAUUAUGUUUGUAAUUCUCACAAAAAAGGUCUCAUGUAGAGGGUCAACUGUUCUACUAGUGCCUGCACAAAGGACUGAAUGUUGGUAUCAAGAGUAUUUUGAGAGUAACUGUCAGUUUAUCUUUGUUUGUAUACUCAAAACAGUAUUGCAAGGACGCAGGAGACCAAAGGAAAUAGUUUGCUAUUCUAGUCAGUAAUUCAAUUGGUAAAGACAAGUACUCCGUAUUUCAGAUAAUUAUGUUUUACCAUAACAGAUUACGUUUUUGGGUGGUUCUGUCAUGAAUUCAACUUUACAUCCUGUCAUCUAAGCCCCACCAACUCAGGGAGAAGGUUGUUUGAAUAGUAAAGUAACAAAGGAGAAUUCAAAUGAAAUAUACAGUAUGUAGAAAUUGGAGAGCAGCAGUGUACAUUCAUUUCAGCCUUAUCAACAUUUGACACUGUGUAAUAGACACUUUAUUUCUGUAUAUUCAUGUAAAGCAUUGUGUAAUUCUGAACUGUAUGUGAAUGUAAAUACAUAUGCGCUUUCCUUAUAUUCUAAAUAAAUAAUGAUAUUAACAAGUC